GGGAUUGGUAAGAUUUUACCAAGCAGUCCCUGACGACUAAGCGAUUGAUCACCUUGUAUUCCUUGAUAUGAGAAGUGGACCGGAUAGAGCCUACUGUUCUGGUAGCAGUGACUGCGGUUCGCAGGAAGACAAAGUUUGAAGGGCCCAGCGGUUGCGACAUCAAAUUCUCAAGCGAAAAGCCAGAAGAGCCACCACAUGAUUUGAGGUCCAUAGCCCGCUCUAUACCUAACGAAGAAAAUCGCAAACAAACGACAGCUCCCGAUCUCAAGUACCUCUGCAGCACAAGAUCGAUUCUAUAUCACAAUGGUCAGGCCCACUAUCACACCAUGGCGCACACAAGCCGACCUACUCGCCGUCCGCUCACAAAUCUAUUCCAACUCCGCAGAAGAUCGACAACACGCAGUAUCCCGGAUCAUGGCAUGGAAAAUGCGCGGAAACCUCCCUCACUCUGUAGAAAGCACUGCGCUCCUCGUAGAUGCCAUCCUCCAUCACAACAAUAGCGACAGUUCUACAGAUUCCUUCUUCAGCAAUCGAGCUGUCUACUCUGCGGCCUUCACUCGCUUCGUCACCGGGUUCUGCGAUAUUGGACGUAACAAGGAGCGCUCGCUAGAACCGAGUUCGAUGCUCGCUAUUGCGAAGCAAAUCGGUAUGCCUUCGGAGUUCGUCACACUAAGGCAUGAGGCGACGCACGAUGAAUUACCUGCGAUUCAGAGGUUGGUGAAAGCUGUAGAUGACGCACUGGCGUGGCUGUGGGUGUUCUACUGGAGUAAGUUGGAGGAGCCGGAGACCGAAGCAAUUGAGGCGAGGUCAUUACCAGAGUUGAAAGCUCGUGCAAAAGAGAUCUUCAAGGCUUAUCGAGGUUCGAGGAGGGAGGUGUUGAAGUCGAAGAAGCCCCGAGACCAGACGGAGGAGAUGAGAGCGACUAGUAGGAAUCUCGUACGACUUGUGGAAGGGAGCAGGCUGAAGAGGAAGGCUGUGGCAGAGACAUUGGUGAAAGAAAACUUGCUGAUCCCAUCGAAGCGAGGACUCGGGACGCCUCUUGAUGGCGCAUAUCUGAUGUGGGAUGGCUUGUUACGAGACAUUGUUGCCUCGUCUCCCUCAUUCUUGCCAGCUUUGCAGCAGAGCAUGCUCGCAGUCUUGACUCAUCAGGAAAUGGAAGGUACAGAGCAAGAUGCAACUCGCGAGGCAAUUUGCCUAUGGCUUCUCCAUAUGACAGACUACAGUGCCUCAGCCAAGCAACAGAUGGCAUACAGGCGUGAAAUGAUCGCCAUGUGUUGCAUGCAUCUUGGGUAUUGGUUGACGUGGCUCGGAAAACGCUUGCUCGAUACAAGUGGUUCCGAUUUCAGGAAAGAUUACCAGGACUUGUUCGAGGCGAGUCGAGACGGGCGUGCAGCAGGAGAGAGCGCGGAAGAAGACACUCAUAUGCGAGAUGAUUUUGAUGGCGAAGACGCAGUCAGCGGCGUGCCGGUGGGAGGGUUAGACCAGCCCAAGGGCUGGAAACGUACUCUGCUGCCCAUAGCAGUGCCAAUUGGUGUCGUCGAGGCACUGUGAUAGUUCGUGCCUGACGUGGCAAAAUAAGAUCUCUGUCACAGGCUGAUAAUCUUUUGCAUGUGAAAGUGUGCCACUGUGGGUCGUGUUCUUCUGACCAGUCACCCUCGAGCUUUGCAACGCCACCGCAUGAUGCUCUGUCAUAUUCGCUCUCAGGUCUCGAUUCAUGCAACUUUGCAUGCGUGCCAC